AUGAGCUUGAAUUUACCGCUGCGGCCGGCCACGAACAGCACCUCUUCCACAUCCAUUAAUACCCCCAGCCGUCGGAACCAGGACAGCCGGAACUAUUUCACUAGCUAUACCCCGCCGAGCUCGACCGAGGCCAUCAAUGGUCCGGUGCGGGAGCCGGCGAGGGAUCCUGCUCCCAUCAGUGACCGUCUCAUCGUAGGAGUUGACUUUGGCACAACCUUCUCAGGGGUUGCUGCUGUGUACACAUCAACUCCAGAUGACAUAGAGAUCAUCAAAACAUGGCCUGGAGGCAAUGGAAUCACCUCUGACAAGGUGCCGACUGAAAUCGCCUAUGAUUUCCCUGCCAACUCACCAACUGGGGCUAAUCCGACGGUAAAAUGGGGGUUCCAGUUCAAACCUGAGGAAUCUCGGCUCCGGUGCAUAAAGCUCUUUCUGGAUAGGACUCAGAAGCUGCCCUUCUACGUGAGCCCUUUGGACACUGCUGCGCAACUCAAGCGCUUCAACAAGAAUGUGGUUGAUGCCGUGAGCGACUACUUGACCCAGAUUUUCGACCAUACAAUGAAUACGCUCACCAGACGCUAUGGCGAAUCCUUCAUGGCCUCUACACGAGUUGAAUUUGUCCUGACAUGUCCUGCUGUCUGGAGUGAUGCCGCCAAAAACACAACCCUGCAGGCCGCCGAGCGUGCGGGCAUGGGUAGCAAGUCGGAAAUCCAGAUGAUCAGUGAGCCCGAGGCCGCGGCCGUGUAUACACUCAAGGCUAUUCAGCCGAACCAUCUGAACGUUGGAGAUAAUUUCAUUGUCUGUGACGCAGGAGGUGGCACUGUUGAUUUGAUUGCAUAUAAAAUAAUUUCCUUGAAGCCCCUGCGCGUUGAAGAAUCUGCCGUCGGAACUGGAGGACUAUGUGGCAGUGCCUUUUUGAACUAUCGAUUUGAAGAACACGUAAGGAAUCGCCUGGGGCAAACACGGUUCGACGAGAUGAAGCAAAAGAAAGGCAAAACGUGGCAAAUGGGCCUUCGAUACUUUGAGGAAUUCGUCAAGAGGAAUUUCAAUGAGGAUGAGCAUCAAGAGAUCAACAUCCCGUUCCCUGGACUUCCUGACGACGAGGAAAUCGGUCUGGAUUCGGGAUUUUUGGUCAUGACAGCUGUCCAGGUCAAGGAGAUUUUCGAGCCCGUCGUCAAGCAGGUGACCGAUCUUGUUCAAGGGCAGGUGACCGGUCUACGUAAAAAGGGAGGCGUUGUAUCGGGUAUCGUGCUUGUCGGCGGUUUUGGUCAAAGCGACUACCUUUACCGGAGGCUCAAGAGCCACUUCACAAGCGCAGCACCGCCACCUUACAGCGAACGCCCGACUCAUUCCAACGCAAAGUCCAUCGAAGAGAAUGCGUCGAUCGAGGUCAUGCAGCCUGUUUACGCCUGGACGGCCGUGGUGAGAGGCGCUGUCCUUCGAGGCCUGGAGGGUAACAUGGUCAUCUCUCGCAAGUCACGAAUGCACUAUGGAACGUCAUACGCUACCGUUUACGACGAGGACAAGCAUUCUGUGAGCGAGAGAUAUUGGUCGCCACUUUGGGAACGGUGGAUGGUAUCCGACCGAAUGCAGUGGCACAUCGCAAAGGGUGAACCACUGUCGCCCUUAUCUCCCAUCGCAUUCCAUUAUACCCGCAACUUCCGACCCGGCCAAUCCCUGAUUGUGACGGAUGAUCUCAUUGCUUGUGACGCGGAUGAGCCCCCGGUUGCAUACACUCGCGACCUCAUCCACGUUUGCACACUGACGACGGAUCUAAAUGCUGUGCCUCGGAGCUUGUUUACAAGAUUAACAACCACCAGGGGCGUCGAGUUCGACAAUCUCGACUUUACGUUGGAGAUGAUUGUUGAUAGCGCUGGUCUAGGUUUUGAGCUGAAGGUUGAUGGUGUCAGAUACGGGCGAGUGGAGGCCGAGUUCCAUUAG